AGAUUGAUAACCUUUAACAUAACGGCGUCUAAUUUGAUACACCGAUAACCUACAUUUGCAUAUGAAUGACAUUUUCCCAUGCUCAUUUGGAUUUUAUUACUUCUUCUUCUUCUUUUCUUCUUCUGCAUAUUUAUUCACUUUGGAGGAGAUUGGAAGAGAGGAAAAGAAAGAAAACAUCUGCACUGCCUGAUUUUACCAGGGUUGGUUAACCAGUUACAUUAUCUCACUCAUAAUUCACCUUCAUAUCCUCGGCAACAUCAAUUUCAUAUCGACAUACAAACAACCUUGGAGAAGUCAUCUAUGAAGUCAUAUACUUGUCAAGAUAUUUUCAACCUCAAUUUUUCUUUCAUCUCUUUGGCGAUCGAGUUCGACUCAAGACUUGAUUUUGAAUUCCUCAUUUGAUUUCUGCUCUUCUUUGGUUGAGUUUCAGUUAAUUCUCGGUUGGGAUUCGUUUUGAUAUCUUCAGUUGCCCAUCAAUACCUAUCAAGUCAUCAAAAUGUAUCUCAAUGAAAAUAUUGGCACUUUCAAUCAGUCCCUUCUCAUCAGAGACUCUCGAGAAUGUGCUACUGGACAACAAUGGUAUGUUUGCACGGCGAAUAACUUUCAAGGUUGUUGUUCUGUAAAUGCAUGCGCCGUGUCAGAAUGUCCAGAUUCAAGUACAGCUGCAGUUGGCGCAUCGAAGUCUUCGACAAUUUCUCCGUCUACCUCUUCAUUUUCCACCGAAACCACUUCUUCUACUGCAUCAACCACAUCAUCUCAAACCACCAAAUCCUCACAAGUUACAUUACAGACACCAAAACCCAGCACUAUCCUCUUAACCACAACAAUCAGUAACUCAAUCAUUACAACCCAAACUUCAUCAAGCUCCACCACUAUCCUAGCGGAUUCAACCACUCACCCUUCGUCAAAUUCGACACCCAUCAUAGCCGGAGCUAUCGUAGGCAGUAUCGCUCUAAUUUGUUUCGCCGUGGCCGCAUUUUGUUGCUUCCGAUUUCGACAAAAGAAAAAGCAAGAUAGAGAGAGGAUGUUUGCCGAACCUGAAAGUCCAAAUCCUGAGACUAUUCAAUUUUAUACUACGACAGGAAAGACAUUACAAACUCCUAGUAGUACGAGGACGAGUAGAAAUCCGAGUGGAGGAUUUUCUGGGUUGGGGGGAUUAGGAUUGGGAGAUGUUUUUGCGUCGUUUGGCGGAAGUAAGUUUUUUUCUUUUUACGUUUGUUCCCUGUGAUAUUUUGGGGAUUUCGAAAUUGAAACUAAUCUAUCUCCUUUGGAUAGAGAGUCGGAGCACCAGUACAUCACCACCGUCAACAUCACUACUAGGAGGUCCCUCAAUGACCGAAUCUCAAAUUUCCGCCCCAAUUAGUCUAAUGCACCCAAUGCCUACUAUUCAUCCAACUCCCACCCCUGAAUCACCAGAAGAUCACGAACAUGACAAACAACUUCCUUCCGACCCUGAAAAAUCAUCUCUAAUGCCACCUCCUGAAUUUUUACACCCAGCUUUCCACGUUCUGCCUGGAACUAGUUCUCGACCUGCAUAUCGGUCUGAGUUAGAUUUUACGAUUAAUGAGUUGGAUGGUCGAGAGAUAGGUAGAAGAAGUGAUUCAAUUGGAGCAAGAAGUGAAGGGAUGAGUAUGAUUGAAAGUGAGGGAAUUGUUAGUCCAAUGAGUACGCCUAAUAUGAGUGCUAAGGUGAGCUCGAAUGGAUUUAGUACGACGAGUACACCUCCGUUUAAUCUGAGUGUUCCGGUUACUUCUAUGAAUAUUCCUCAAGGAUAUGAACAUAAAUAUAGACAUAGAGAAGUUCAAGGAACUUGGCACUCAAACGCAUCACCUAACAAUCUUCCACCUAAUGGCCAUACAUCCACCCGACCUCAGUACAGCACGCAAUCCUAUCAUGAGCGCAAUAACUCUUCCACCAACAACAGCAACUCAAAUUCAAACUCACCAAAUCUCUAUCCAAUUCAUCAACAACAGCCACAAGCACAAACACAAACACAAUAUGCCCAGCAAUUAGCCCAAGCACGUCGUAUGAACGCUACUAUAAUCGAAAACCCAUAUCAGAUUUACAGGAAUAGUAGGGAACAUCAACAAAAUAAAGGAUAUCGAAACGCAUUGGAGCAAGCUCAAGCUCAGGAUCGUGCUCGAAAUCAUGGACAAGUACUAGUACAAGGACAAGUACAAGCAGAAGCUCCGUCACAAGAACAAAGACAAAUCCCAUCACAAAAAGGAAAGGAGCGAGAGCGAGAGAGGAUAGGUGGAGAAACCGAACAAAAAGACAGUGGAUUAAAAAGAGAAAGCAGUACACAUAGUAUUCCCAUUGGAUUAAGCCUCGACGCGGAAUCUUCUGUGUCUCCUCCGAAAUCACAAAAUCGAAAUAGGGAAAUGCAUAUGGAUACUCGUGAGGGCAAUGCUCGGUUAAGGGUUCAUGAUAGUUUGGAUGGUGAUUGCGGGGAUUUAUAUGAUUCUGCUGAACGUCGGAUGCAGAUUCAAUCGAGUUAUACUGAUACUCCUGCUCAUUCGGUCUCGCGCUCACACUCACGCACAGGCUCUGUGGGUAGGGUGGGAAAUUAUACUUCUCCUUCCAAUCUUAUGGAUUCAACCAGACCUAAAGAGCAGAUAGAUCAUCGUAUUCCUGCUAUGGGGAGUGUGAAUAGAGAUGGGAAUGGGAAUGGGAAUGGAAUAGGGGAACAAAAACAAGGAUUUACACCACCGGGUUUCGAUCUCGAGUGUAGGGUUGUGUCGCCUACGCCUCUUCCUUGAUAUUGUUGAGUUUCUGGGUUUGAGUUUGAGUUUGAGUUGGAGUUUGUGAGGAGGGGAGAUGGGUUGGGAAGUUGGUUGGGUUUGGGGAGUGGAGGAUGGGAAUUAGGGGGAGGGAAAGAGGGGGGGAGUAAAAGGAUAUCGAAUUGGGUGACUAGUUAAUGUUGGGCUGGAUAUGAUGAUGAUUAUUAUGAUGAUAACGACGAUAACGAUGAAAAAAAACUCGAAUUCGAAUUGAAAGGUUUUCCGGUCCGUCUAUUUUGUGCUUUUUGAUAAGCGGAGGAAAGGAAUGGAACGAAAUGUAUAUGGAAAAGGAAAAGGGACUAUCAAACUAAUAUAAAAAUGGAUGGAUGGAUAUCCGCGGUAAUAAAAAUACAGAAAUACAGCUGGUCAUGAAGAAGCGAGCAGAGAAGUGAGGGAAAAGGACCGG